ACAGCUCGAGCCGAACAAUGGUUCCAUGGCAACCAGGGGCUAAGGGUGGCAGAGGGGUUGCAUUGAUUGCAAUAUUUCCCUCUGGACCCUGCUGCAUGGCACACUCAAACUGUUACUUGGCCAAAAGAGAGCUGCAGAAAGUGAGAAAAACAAAGAACUGUGGGUGCUGGGAAUCAGAAAUAGAGAAGGGGGACCGUUUAAAGGUACUGUUCCAACUGGGAAGACCCGAAGCUUCGUAUUGAAAGGGACCAUGAGCUGUCAUGCCACUCCAGCGACUGCUCGAACGGUUCAGUUCAAAGACCCAAUAUGUGGUGAUGAUCCAGCUGCUCCACAGGUUGAGCCCAGAGAUGACAAUAUCAACUCGUCCCUCGCUCGAAAGGUUCACUUUGAAGACUCGGUGUGUGAUAAUCUCAAACUGCCCUUUUCAAAAGUUGAGUCUGCAAAUUGUGAAAUUGAUCCCAAUUCACCCCUAGCUCAGAAGGAUCAGAUUGAAGACUCAAUUUGUAAGGAAUUUAACCAAUCUUUUGCCCCUAAGGUUGAAUCUGAAGACAUAGUUUAUGAGGAUGCUGAUUUAGCCCAUGCUCGGAAGGUUCAGUGUAAUGAAGUGCGGGACGAUUUCAAUCCAGCUUUUGUUGUAAAGGCAUGUAAUGACAGCGUGUGUGAUGAUAUCCGUUUAUCCUUUGCUCCAAAGGGUGAGUGUAAAAGCUCAGUCCGUGAUGAUCACAGUCAAUGUUUUGCUUCAGAAGUUGAGCAUAAGAAGGAAAUGAAUGGUGAUAGUCCUGUUCCAGUCGCUGCUGCAAAAGCAGGGGAUGAGAAGCUGUGGUCUCCCUGCGCGAAUCCUGGUAACCCAAUCUUUUCCUGCAUGGCAAAGUUCCCGACGGCACCAUUUUCCCCCGUUCCGUUCGUUAAACCACAAAAUCCACUUUUCAGAACCACCAGUGCGGCGUAUGGGUCCAACCAACCGACUUGUGAAAUUGCUCCUUCAGUCUACAAACCACUAACGCAGUCCUUCUCUGCGAUGCUCCAAACCGGCGGAAUGUACCGUAACCGUUCUUUAAAUACUGGGUCGGAUAAAAAGAGAGUGCACGAUUUUCUCCCCUUAUAACUCGACUGUACGGGGAGCGAAGUCGUCGUGAUUCGAGAGUGCAUGUGGU